UUUCAUAACAUUGAUUAGGUUUUGUUAUUUAGGUUACAUAUGCAUAUGCUUUGAUUCUUCUUGUUAGUUUUGUUAUAAAUAAUAACUUUCCUUGAGAUUUCCAAACGCUUUGUUAAAUACAGAGAGGUUGCAAUAAUGGCUCAUAAAGACUGGGAGAUAUUCAGAGAGUGGAAGUUAGCGCACGCCAAAUCGUACCCUACUGCUGACGAGGAGAAGAGGAGAUUCGAAACCUUUCAGCAACAUCUUCGUGAAAUAGAGGCUCAUAAUUCGGGUCCAGACGCAGCGUAUUAUAAGAAAGGCUUGAGCCCAUUUUCCGACAUGACUUUUGAGGAGCUCAAGAUAGGAUUUCUCAAACACGAUAGCGUCGAUGAUGGCUUGUAUGACACUGAAACGGACGAGGAGGAGGACGACGACAAGGUGAUGACCAAAAAAGAGGAUGUAGCGGUGCCUGGAACCCGAAAAUGAAGAAAAGACUCAAAAAAUAAACGUAUGCCACUUAAUACAAUGAGCACACAAUAUUCUUUAGUAAAAGGCGAAAGAAUAGUUCGCUUUGUGCUCGCUGCAUGGCUGCGUGUCCUUUCUUCUUCUUCCCCGUACCUCUUUACAUGACACCCUUCCUCUUUGUGUACUUCGACAACCCGACCAAUGUGGGAUCAAAAAAGAUG